AUGAAUCUGAAACUUCUUUUUUCCCCUGGAUUCCUUCUGCUGCUUAUUGUCAGUCAAAACCAGGCAGGAGCCAGAUCCAUUUCCAGCUUACAGAAUCUGGCCAAAUUGUUAAAUGAGGAGCUGGAGCAGCCCCCUGUCUCAGAAGAGAGGGACCACGAGCAAGAUGAGCUGAUCCCAGCAGGAGUCUUUGAUCAGCAAGACACUGAACUCCAGUGGAUCCCAAACCCCAGGGACCAGCCCGAGAACGUUUCCAUGGGCGACGGCGCGAUCCAGAGAUUCUUCAGUGACCUCCUGAGCUUGUCCCGUAGAUACCAAGGCAGAAGAAAAAAGGGGCUCUCCAGGGGCUGUUUUGGUGUCAGAUUAGACAGAAUUGGGUCACUGAGUGGACUAGGAUGCUGA